AUAUGCACGGUCGGCUGCUCGCUGGGGUUCUUUUGCUUUCAGUUUAGCUAGCUAGCUAGCAACACUGUCAAGGGUGUAUUGUUGUCGUUCGUUGAUAGGGACUGCCUAGGACGAGCAGAAAUGGCCGGAAUCAAAGCUCUAAUCAGUUUGUCCUUCGGCGGAGCUAUUGGCCUCAUGUUCCUGAUGCUAGGAUGUGCUCUUCCAGUGUAUGAUAAAUACUGGCCGCUGUUCCUUCUCUUCUUCUACAUCCUCGCCCCCAUACCGUACUGCAUCUCCAGGAGAAUUGUUGACGACACAGACUCCGCCAGCAACGCCUGUAAAGAGCUAGCCAUAUUCCUCACAACAGGGAUUGUGGUUUCAGCCUUUGGCCUUCCCAUUAUAUUUGCUAGAGCUGAAGUUAUUGCUUGGGGAGCGUGCGCGCUUGUGCUAACGGGGAACAUUGUCAUUUUUGCAACCAUCCUUGGAUUCUUCUUGGUGUUUGGGUCGAAUGACGACUUUAGUUGGCAGCAGUGGUAAAGACGGGGAUCGGGUUUGGGACCUUAGACUCAACUGUUUUUAUUACUACAAUUAUUAUUAUUGUGUUGUUGUAAUUAUUUUAGCUGAUGUUAUUUAUUUGGCCAACCAUCCAUAGUCACAUAAACCCUGUGCAAUAAUCUGUUUUAUCUGUCAUGCAGAAUGUCAAAUUGACUUUGAUUGGACGACGGUGACAUUCCUUCGGAAGUUCUUUGAUUCACAUUUGUGAUUGGCCUGGAAACUCAUCUUUGAGUGCUGCAAGUAAAUAAUGAUGAGAUCUCAUUGGAUCAUCACGUGUGCGUGUAAAAUCCUACGGAAUGUCAACCUGGGCCUGACAUGACCAAUAGGACAUGGCCAUAAGCUUUCACAUUUCCUGUGUUUCUUGUUUUUGUACAGAAGUUGAAAGUUGUUGGGGGGUUUUUGAGGACAAAGUUCUGCUUUCGUUUUGUCUGGCUACUCAGUGCAAUGUCAUGUUGGUCAGUAGGCCCCAGCCCUCUCCCUUCCCCCCUCACUGCUCCUCCCCCCUACAUCCUCACUUCCCCUCGCUGACAUGGUAAUCCACAAAACGUUCUUUCUUUUGGAGAGAAUAAUAUCCACUCCUUUAUGUUCUAUAAACUAUAUACCUGAGCAGACUUUCACAUAAAACAAUGCAAAAAAAGUACGCUCAAAAUUACAAGUUAUAGAAGGAUUCUGUUAUUAUGAUAUGUAAUUCAAUGUGACCCCCAUACAGUGGUCCAAUUGUACUGACUCAGCAAUUCACAAACGACAAGCAACUCAUGUUUCAUUGUUUAGGUUGGAGUCAGAUACAGUAACUUGAUGCUAUUUCAAUGCUGAUUAGACAUGGCAUUAAAAAAGCAUAAAUAACCAUAGGAUCAUUGGCUGCAGCUGGGGCAAGGUUAGGAUCUAGGCUUUCCAUGACAUUGGCCACUGACUAAUUUCCCUAGAUUAAGUAUCCAAAGACGAUUAUGUACUUUCCUGUCCCUAUCAAGAGGUAAAUCAACUGUUAUUUUUGUUUGAAGUUGUGAGUAAUGAAUCUGUAUUUGAUAAACCUAUUGUUUUUAUAAGGAUUCAGUACACAUUUCAAUAGGCUUUUCAAUACCUUCCUCCAAGUCAUAAGUAACUGACUUAAAUUGAGAUGACCUAUUCAACUUUGUGUGGUCUGUGCGUUUGUAUGUUAAGAUGCAAUGAAGUCCUGUCGUUUGUCAUUUGCCCUCAUGUUGAAAGAGUUCAGUCGGCAGUCUGCAGCUUUUGGAGUUUAAUUGCUUUUGCAUUUAAGGUGAACUAGUUGUCCAACUAAGAAAGGUAUUAAGCAUCUGUCACCACAUGUGCACAGGUCAAGUCAGGUGGGUGAGUGUCCAUGAGCAGUUUUUGUUUGCUUGUUCAUUGGUUUUGGUUUUUGGGGUUGUUCUCUUUGUGAAGACUGGUCUCUGGAAUUGACUAAAUCUGUCUAAAAUGUUUCCAAUCUAAUUGCAGUUAAACACUGGUUUCAUCAGGUAUUCUUGAACUUUUGUGGGUUUGGUGGUUAAGUUUAGUAAGUUAUUGUUGUCUUCCAGAGACCUCAACAACAGUGGAGGGAUUGAUUGUAUUACUGGUAUCAAAAUGAUGACUCUUCUGUCCUUAUUUGAGUUGUCUCAAACAUCUGAACUAAUCAUUUUUACCUUGAUUAACAAAGGUAAUGUGUCAAUUUAGUUUUUUUCAUUGUGUUUCAAGUUUGAGCUAAAACAAAAUAGUUUUUUUUCAGCCAUUCCCAAUGUUACUAAACUGUUUCUACAGUGACAAGUUGUGUAGGAGGCAUCUCUGGUUUGGGAACUGCAGACUUUCAACUUAUUUACUGGUUUAUUUAAAGAAAUGACAACAAAAUGUCCCAAACUUUUCUUUAAAAAAGAAUGCAUGACUUACAGAACCUGGUCAUUACAUGCGUGUUAUGGAUUUAACAGCCUUUUUAUUUAUUUUUGCAAAAGUCUUUCAGAUUUGGAGGUACAUUAUUUAUUUUACCAGACGCUUUCUGCAGAUGUCCAGAUGCCAUUUUCUAUUGACAACUUUUGUGUUAAGGAGGCAGAACUUAGCAUGGUGGUUUUCUUUUUUUAAUAAAUGCCAUUUUUGAA